AGCUAGUGCACGCAGCUUCGAUCAAAACUUAAAUGUUUCAGCUUACAGGGAGUGACAGCAGAAGAGGAGAUAGGAGGUGAAGGGUGAGAAUGGACCAUGAAAGCAUGUCGUGGCUUCUUUUGUUGCUGGAAUUGUUAUUGAUGUUGGGCAUGUUGGAGGCAAAGGUUCCUGCAGUUAUCGUGUUUGGGGACUCUUCUGUUGAUUCAGGCAACAAUAACUAUAUCCCAACCAUUGCCAGAAGCAAUUUCCAGCCUUAUGGACGAGAUUUCGAAGGUGGAAAGCCCACUGGCCGGUUUUGUAAUGGCAGGAUCGCCACUGAUUUCGUGUCGGAGGCUUUUGGAAUCAAGCCAACGGUACCGGCGUAUUUGGAUCCCACCUAUAGUAUCAAGGACUUCGCUACCGGAGUCUGCUUUGCGUCUGCUGGAACUGGGUUUGACAAUGCUACUUCCGAUGUGUUAUCUGUAAUACCUCUCUGGAAAGAAGUGGAAUACUUCAAAGAGUACCAAAGGAGAUUGAGGGGGUACCUGGGGAAUUACAGGGCUAAGCAGAUAGUGAAUGAAGCAUUGUACAUGGUAAGCAUAGGGACAAAUGAUUUCCUGGAGAACUACUUUGCAUUUCCUGGUCGAUCAUCCCAAUUCACCAUUGAAGAAUACCAAAGCUUUCUCAUUGAAAUCGCUGAGAACUUCAUUCAGGAGAUAUAUCGAUUGGGAGCUCGAAAGAUAUCUAUAGGUGGGCUUCCUCCCAUGGGGUGUUUGCCAGCUGAGAGAGCUUCAAAUAUCAAAGACGGGUGUGCCUGCAGGGAGGACUAUAACUUGGUUUCCAGGCAGUUCAAUUCGAAGCUAGUGGCCCUUAUAAACAAGCUAAACUCUCAACUCAAGGGAAUCGGGUUGGUGCUCUCCGAUAUAUAUUAUACCAUGCUGGAAGCCAUUGAGAAACCCCAUUUGUAUGGAUUCGAGACAGUGGAGGUGGGAUGCUGUGGGACCGGAAUAUUUGAAAUGGGUAUUCUUUGCACAAAAUCAAACCCACUCACAUGCACUGAUGCCAGCAAAUACAUAUUUUGGGAUGCUAUUCAUGGAACUGAGAAGAUAUGUAGUAUACUUGCGGAUCAUCUCAUGAGAACAAGCCUGGCUGGGUUCUUAUGACUGAUGCAGGAAUUAUUAGUUUUUUUAAAGAAAUUAUUUCUGCCAAACAGAUGUAUCUCAAUUGAAUAAUGCUGCUGUCAAUGUGCACCUCUGUACAUGUUCUACCGUA